UGCAGACCGGAGAGCAACAUGAAAUGAGUAGGCCACUGUCAUGAACAGCAGGAGUCCAUACUCUCAGUAUGAUGAAAGUGACAGACAGACAAGAAAAAGUCCUUCAUCGGCUCUGGAAUCUACCAGCUCCAAAACUGACACUAAGAAGAAAAAUAAACCAAGCAAGAUGAAGGGUGAUCAGGAUAUGGCUAGGGAAGAAUGGGGAACUACCAGGAGUACCCGGGAUAGAAGUCCUGGCACUGACAAGAAUAGUGACUCUUAUUAUUCUGAUGAAUAUGAAAACACAACCUAUGGGUCGGAAGGAUCCCCAACACCCAGCUCCAUAUCUCCCCGUGCAAAAAAAGCAGACUAUAAAGUAAGAUCUAUUAUACCGGUACAGACCCGUGGUAUUAAGAGAAUUAACUCCAAGUUUCCAUCAAGUAAACGGGGACCUAGGUGGGGAUUUCGCUCCCAGAGUUUGAACAAGGAGUCCUCUCCAAAGGACAUUGAUAUGGUUACCAAAAGAGUUCUUUCUGCUCGACUUUUGAAAAUAAAUGAACUAAGAAAUGAAGUUGUAGAACUUCAAAUGAAACUUGAAGAAUAUCAAAAAGAAAAUAAGACUCUAAAAACACUGCAUUUCAGGCAAGAAAAAGCCUUGAAUAAAUUUGAAGAUACAGAAAAUGAGAUCUCACAGCUGUUAUCGAGACAUAAUAACGAGGUUCGGAUUUUGAGGGAGCGUCUGCGCAAAUCCCAGGAAAGGGAACGGAAUAUAGAGAAGAAACUAAAGGAAACGGAAGAUGAGCUCUACAGGACAAAUGUUGCCUUAAAAAAGUUAAAGCAGCUUUCAGAAAAUAGACAUCUUCCAGAACGGGACGAGCUCACUAGAAAAGUAGAAAUGAUGGAAAGCAGACUGGACGAACGAGAAAGGCGAGUAAAGGAGCUGGAGAAGAAUAUUGAACUAACUCAGAGCAGCUUCCAGAGACAGUUGCUGUCUGAAAAAAAGAAAGCCCAUGAUGUACAAGAAGAAAACAAAUUAUUACAGGAAGAGCUCCAGCGUUUGAUUCAGAAGUUAAAGGAGAAAGAAAGGGAACUUGAUGUAAAAAAUAUAUAUGCUUAUCGUUUCUCCAAGCCUUCACCAAAAAAAGAGACUGAGAUAACUCCUAGGAAGAAAGGGACAAACCAUUCCAUCAAUGUGAGUGUCCAAACAGCUGAAUCUUUGUCUAGUCCAGAUUCAACUUUUCCAGAACCUCCACCUCUGAUUUUCAUGGAUGAAACAAUGGAGAACCAGCAAGAAGUUCCAGAAAUGGAGCAAGACAGCCUCGCAAAGCAGAUCAAAGAGGAAGCAGAAAGGCUGAAAAAAGAAAAAGAGAAAGCAGAAAGAAAACGUGAUCUAGAGGAAAAGCUCAAGCGGGAUAAAGAGCAAAAGAUUUUGGAGGACAAAGCAAGAAAGCUGCGUGAAGAGUGGGAAAAGGAAGAGUUGGAAAGAAAAAGGAAAGAGCAAGAUAAACUUCGAAACCAAGAAAUUAUAAACCAUCCUGAAGAAGACCGACUUAGAAAGGAACUUUUGCUUGCGAAAAUGUUUGAAAUUGACAGAGAGAAGCAGGAGCCAAUUUACUCUGAUUCCAAUAAAUAUGUUCCCACAGCACCUCUUGGGGAUGCAGCUGGUAAAACGGACAUGACAAAUACAAAACAAAAAACAUACAAGUUCUCAGAGCCAACUGAGAAAUUGUUUAAUGGACUUCCAGUCCUUGGAGGGCAAGAGAGAUCUGUCCCAAGUCGUAGGAGUGAAAUCUCAAGUGACAGCACUGGGGAUAUUACGUUUGGGAACUAUACCCCAUCUUUUGGGAAAGGAAGAUCGCCUGGUAACAGCCAAAAGAAAAAUGUAUAUGUGGAACCUCUGGUAAGCACCACCAAGCUGGAGAUAAAGAAAGAAAAGAAAUCAAAUUUAAUGGAACAGCUGUUUGGCGGUAGCCCCACUACUGUUCUUCCUUCAGUUUUAAAAGGCAAUGAUCAAACUGUUUUUACUUCCAGCAGUAACCGAGUUACUGACAAUGACACAAGCAACACUCUGCCCUGGGAGCAAAACAACAAACUCAAAGGAAAAGGUGACAUGGCCUUCCCCAGUGAUGGCAAAACCGCAAGCUCCAGCAGACACCACACACAGCACCCAACCGGAAGGCCAAUAGUAAAAGCUAUUGAUUCAUUAGAAGAUGAAAUUGAAGAAGUAGCUUUAUAGAAUCAGAGGCAUAUGUGCCUGAUCGACUACAUUUUAUAAUUCCAUGUCAGGGCAUUGUAUACUGUUUAAACUGGCCAUAGUUUGUUUAUGUCAUUUUAAUAAAUUAUUGCAGAU